AGAGAGACAGGGAGAGAAGGGGUUACACAUGUGUGAGUUGAUCUACUGAGGAAAUAGCAGCUGAACCCAACUACAACAGUAACAUAGAGAGCAAGCACUGAGGCAACGCAAGCAGCAUGCAGCCACCACCCAGGAAGGUAAAGGAAAGCCAGCAAGUGAAACUACUGUUCUCAGAGCAGCUCAGCAAACUGCAGUCCAAACAACACCAGGACACCGAACUGCUCGAGGAGAUCAGGUCCUUCAGCAAGCAAAGAGCAGCUAUAGAGAAGGAGUAUGGUCAUGCCCUUCAGAGGUUAGCCGUCCAGUACCAGAAGAGAGACUGGCAAAGAGGAAAUACGGAUGCUGUGAUUUCUGGGAGUGUUUUUGGUGUGUGGCGAUCUGUAGUGGAUGUCACAGCUCAGACUGCAGCUUCACGACUUGCUGCUGCAGAAGAAUACCGUAAACUGUUUGGACAAGCCUCCAAAAGUAUCCACAAUGCAAAGGAAAUUCGAGCUAAACGAGGGCUGGAUCGACUGCAGAGGGUGCAGGGUGAGGUGGUGGACGCACUGCGAGAACUGCACAGGGUCAAGAAGAGCUACCACCAUCUGAGUCACAUUGCCAGUGUGGCCAGAGAAAAAGCAGCGGAUGCACAGAUAAGAGCUAGAAAGAGCGAACAUGGGAUUUUUCACUUCAAAUCAGGUCAACAUAAGAUGACUGCUAAGCUCAGUGCCAGGCUGAGAGAGUGUGAGGACCAUUUGAAUGAAGCUCGUAAUGAGUAUCUGUUGACGCUCGCUGCAGUCAACGCACAUCAGCAGCAUUACCAAACUUAUGACUUACCGCUUCUAAUGGAGCGAAUGGACGGUGAUGUUUAUGAUGAUUUGAGACACCACAUCACCCGGCUGUGUGAAACAGAGAUGGACACCUGUAUGGCCACACACAAGCAGUUCAGCAGGAUAUGGGACAAUGUUGCUAAGGUGACCAGAGAGAGGAAUGUUCAGCAGUUUUUGCAGGAGUCCAUUUCCUUCAGAAAAACAUCUGAUUUCAUCUUCCAGCCUGGUCUGCGGGAUAUGGUGUCUGCUCUGCAGGACACACAGGCCUCUGAAGGAGAGAGCUGCUUGGUGAAGGAGGCCAAAAAAUGGGCUGCCAAGGCUGCCAAGGACUACAAGAUUGUUACUCAUGGGGAAAGGGCGCUAGAGAUGCUGGAGAGUCGACUGAAGCUGUUAUCGGGGGAAACGGGUCUCAGUGUGGAGCAGAAGAUUGCAGAGGUUCAGGAGACUGUCAGAAAAGCAAAGCUCAGCAGGGUAAAGGCUGAGGCUCGCCUGGCUCUGCUGUCACACAGUGUCACAGGGAUUGAACAACGGCUCCAUCACGCCAUGAACCAGGCAGAGGAAGAGCUGGAGAGAGAAAGACGUCUCAGCGAGCAAAGAAGGUCCACAGAGGAGUUUUCAGAAGAUGAGUUUGAGCUGACUGACUUUGAGGACUACGAAGAUGAGAAUGGAGACACAUUUGCAGAUCCAGUGUCAGCUUCUGGAGUAUGUGUGUAUCCUGCAGCCUGCAGAGUUAUCUACAGCUAUCAGGCGAGCCAAUCAGAUGAGCUGUCUGUCACAGAUGGUGAGGAGCUUUACGUGAUUGAAGAUGGAGAUGUGGAGGACUGGCUGAAGGUGUCUAACUCUUGUGGACAGGUGGGGUAUAUUCCUGAGCAUUAUGUGCAAUUCCAGUGUCUACCAGCAGAGGACACUGGUCAGCUGGACAGUUCAUUCAGCUCCACUUCCUCCUCAGGGAUAAAAGAGAGAGUAGGGAGAUCAGGUGUUGCCAAAGCUAUGUACUCCUACCAAGCUCAAAGUGCAGAAGAGCUUUCCUUCCAGGAGGGGGCACUCAUUCGCCUCAUACGCUGUCCACAUGGAGAGGUAGAUGAUGGUUUUUGGGAAGGUGAACUAGAUGGGCGAAUUGGGGUCUUCCCAUCAUUGCUGGUGGAGCUCCUACUUGAUGAGGAAGAGAAGGAAGAAAAAGAAGAGAAGCAGCCUCUCCAUGCUGCAACAAUACCUCCCUGCUCACCCCCCAUUCAAAUCCCCUCCGCUUCUGGCAGUGGUUCUACAAACACCACUACUCCCCCUAGUGCUGUGGAGGACAAACAUCAGGCUGUUCACAUUGAAGGGUCAGGGCUUGCAGAGGCUGAGUCUAGAAGCGACACUCCUCCAGACUUCCCCAGUGAUCGAAUAAGACCAUGUCGGGCACCCCCUCCUCCACCAACUAGCUCUACUUAGAUGUGAGAUGGUUGAUCUUCACAGGAAAAAGUGACUUAUUUUGAGCAAAGCAACAACGGUUUGUGCCUUUCAUGCUUUAACAAACAGUUGUUCUCAUUGGUAAGGUUGACAACACAGACACUACGUAGGUCUCUUCAUUAUAGACCUAUUUACAACUGAGAUAUGUGCACACUUAAGCGGUGAGAUAUUAGUAGGAUCAACGUUUCAAAUACUGGGAGAGAUUUUACUCAAUAUUCAAAUGGAAAAUUUAACGCUAUGUAACUAUAACAGGAAUUUUGCAUGUGGGUUUUUUGUAUUUUAAUGUUUUUAGUACCAAAACGUAUUUCAUUUUUUGUACAAUCAAAUGAUUCUGUAGUGUAAUUUAAAUGUAUGCCUUUUUUGUAUAAUGGUCAUUGGUUUGGUAUAAGGCAAUGUCACUGCAAAAGGAAAGAAUAAAACUCAUCCUUGUCUGAAAAUAGUUGAUAUGUUAAUUUUACUGGAAUAAUUUGUAUUACUUCUGUUUAUUGGCAACUUAGUUUCUCUCUCCAGACAAAGUCCUAAAAUUAAAGAAACCUGAAAUGAA